AUGGCGGAUGAGGACAAGCCAAAAACAGCCUUCUCGUUCGGGCAGGGGCUGUGGCAGUUCAACGUCAUGUCCUUCGGCCUUUGCAAUGCCCCUGGCUGUUUUGAGCGCCUCAUGGAACGGGUGCUGGACGGACUGCAGUGGAAAACGGCCCUUGUAUACCUGGACGACGUCAUCGUGUUCGGGGGCACCUUCGAGCAGGAGCUGACGCGGCUGGAGGAGGUUCUGCAGCGCCUGAGGAAGGCUAAUCUCAAGCUCAGCCCGAAGAAGUGCUUCCUGUUCCAGCUUGAGGUGCCAUUCCAGGGGCACGUGGUGAGCCAGGAGGGCGUGCGCACGGACCCGCAGAAGGUGGCGGCAGUGGCAGACUGGCCGGUCCUUUCCAGUGUGGCUGAGGUGCGGAGUUACCUGGGCCUGUGCACCUAUUACCGCCGCUUCGUGCCUGACUUCGCCACAGUGGCUGCCCCUCUGCACCGCCUCACCAGAAAAGGGGCACACUUCCAGUGGGACGAGGCAUGUCAGGCCGCGUUCGAGGGCCUGAAGAAGGCGCUGACGGAGGCGCCGGUGCUGCCUUAUCCUGACCCGAAGCUGCCAUACCUAUUGGAUACCGAUGCCAGUGCUGAAGGCGUCGGGACGGUCCUGUCACAGCUGCUAGCAGUAGUGAAGGCGCUGGAACACUUCCAUCCCUACCUCUACGGCGCUGAGUUCACUGUCCGCACCGAUCACGCCGCUCUGCAGUGGUUGAAGUCGCUGAAGGUGCCGGAGGGACAGUUAGCGCGGUGGCUGGACCGGUUGGAGCAGUUCAACUACCGCGUCGUGCACCGGCCUGGGCGUGUGCAUGGCAAAGCUGACGCCCUGAGCCGACGCCCGUGUGAGGCAGGUUGCUCACACUGCUUUGCUAAGGAGCCAGACGCCCUUCGUCCACGCCGGCAUGAGGCCGACUCACCUGGCGCCCCUUCAGACCUCACAUGCCGUCGCUUGCGGGUGCCUGCAGGUGCCGCUGAGUGCGAUGAGCGGUGGCGGGCGGCGCAGCGCAUGGACCCCGAUCUCGCACCCAUUGUCCGCUGGCUGGAGGCUGGUGGCGAACGGCCUGGCUGGAUAGAAGUGGCAGCGGAGAGCCCUGCCACUAAGUGCUUGGCUGACCAGUGGGAGGCGUUGCGAGUGGACGAGCGGGGAGUGUUGGUGAAGCGCUGGGAAGCUGCUGGGGGUGUGAGGAGCGAUGCGUGGCUAGUGGUGGUGCCCCGUGCCUUACGUGCUGAGGUGUUGAAAGAGCUGCACGGGGUAGUGACGAGCGGUCAUGUGGGUGAGUGGCGCACGUUACACCGUCUCCGCCAACGCUGCUACUGGGUGAGCAUGCGAAGUGACGUGCGUGAGUGGUGCAGGGCGUGUGCCGUGUGUAGUGCUAAGAAGGGGCCCGCCCGCAGAAACCGUGCUCCGUUGCAGUUGUACACAGUGGGAGCGCCCAUGGAGCGAGUGGCUGUUGAUAUAGCCGGGCCGUUUCCCGUUACGCCCCGUGGAAAUCGUUAUAUAUAUGUGGUCAUGGAUUAUUUUACAAAGUGGCCUAAAGCGUAUGCGCUCCCGAACCAUGAGGCAGAGACGGUGGCAGAAGUGUUAGUGAGUGAAUUCUUCCCCCGUUUUGGUGUGCCAGCCGAGCUGCACAGUGACCAGGGCCGGGAAUUCGAGUCUCGUGUUUUCAGCGAGUGUUGCACUCUGCUGGGGAUACAGAAGACUCGGACCACGCCUCUCCACCCCCAGAGUGACGGGAUGGUGGAAAGGUUCAACCGGACCCUUCUGCAGCAGCUAGCGAAGUACUGCAGGGCGGGGCAGGACGAUUGGGACGAAUCUGUAGUGGACAUUUUCUGUCAUUUAGAGUCUCGUAGAGAGUUUUGUACAGCAUUUGUCUUUUUGAGGAAUGGCCAAACCAAUUGUAAUAACCACUCCUUCAGAUCUGGCAUGGAUUCCCAGCUCUUUCUGUAUUUCUGGGUGGUUAGCCUCAUGUCUGGGCGCGUUCAACACUGCAGGAACAGUUAUUAA